CUAUUACUAGAACAAGCAGCAAACUAAAUCACAGUCUACAUACAACCUUCAGCCCACCAUUGCAUCUCAGCCAUUGGUAAUGGAAAGCAUGCAGGAGUUGAUCCCCUUCGCCAAAGAGAUACUGACUCAGAAACCCAGCCGUGGUUUGCUGAAGGUCUACGUGGUGGGUUCAGUGUUUGCAGUGUUGGGGACAGUCAUUGGCCUGGUCGAGACCGUGUGUCACCCCUUCUCCUCUGGUGAGCCAAUGGAUGCAGAGAUGGACCUCAUGUUGGCCCGGGAGCAGAGAACUAUUGAGGCAGAAACUCAAUGCAGUGAGGGGGGUCAGGAGGAGGAGGAGAAGGAGAAGGAGCUGGCUCAUGAAAACGGGGCCGCGACCCUGAGCAAGCUCUUCUGCAAGACCCCGAGACUCAGCCAACGGAGCAUGGCCAACCGGCUGCACGCUUCAUAA